AUGCGAUUCCCGCUCAACUAUAAUGUUCAAAUACAAAUUCAUGAAUUAAAAAACUGUCGUUUUGAAGAAAAUGGUGUACAAAAACUUGCUAACCCGUUUGUGCGCAUAAAUCUAUUAGACUAUACCGCGGCUACAUGUACUAAAGAACAAACGAUCACGACAACUUAUGAAUCACAAUUUAAUUUUUAUGUGAAAGCUACAGAAGAAGAGUUGGAACAUAUAAUGACUUACUUUACGGUUUUCCAUGCCUAUGCAUUUUCUAGCGAACCAAUAGGGAAGGCAGUUGUCAAUUGCGAUUACGUCCAUAGGCAACCUCAACAUUGGUUUUAUAGAGAGUGGGUUGCAAUUCGUCAUGAAAAAUAUCCAGCAUUAUGCUGCGGUUAUUUAAUGAUUUCAAUGGGAAUCUAUGCGCCAUAUAACAAGAUUCCCAUUGCGGAAAUUGGUAAUGGUGGACUACAAUGUGGGGACGACGACGGCGUACCAGAAGAACCCAUGAUUUCAUUUAAAACAUUCUUGUUAUCAAUUAACGUUUACCGCGGCCAGAAUAUAUUUGAACCAGUUGUCGGAUGGGAAAAGGAGGAUGUGAAAUCCACAUUUAUUCGAGCGACAUUAGGCAACUUCAUAGAUUCUACUUCAUCGAUAUCUGGUACGAGUCCAGAAUGGAACACAAGCUUCUCAUUUGUUGCAUUUAUUCCAAAUCAUAAUCCAUUUUUGAGAAUCGAAUUAGGAACUGGAUCAGCAGCCUCAACUCAUCAAAUCGUAUCCGUUCAAAGCAUACAUAUUGAAAAAGCCUUCUAUGAGUCUAUACAACCUACGUGGUUCAAAUUCUACUAUAAACCGAAAGAAACCUUUAGCAUAGGGAAUCCGAGUUCCUGGGUAUCCCAAGCAUCGCCUUUUAGCUCAUCAUUGAACGCGACGGCAUAUGCAGGUCGCGUACUCAUUUCUGUGUCUUCUCAAAAAAUUGAAGAAAUUCCAAUUUUGUGUUCAAGACCAUGUGAUUCGGUAAUAGGACCUCUCCCAAUUGAGUACAUUGUUUUUUUUGAGAUCUAUGCCAUUUCUCCUUUGCUCGAAACCUUCACGCAAGUAUCGGUGCAACUUUGUGUUGGAAUUUAUUCUCAAACAUCGAGUUUAAUUGAUUAUCGAGAUGGAAUCUAUAUAAGAAACCCAUCAACAGGAUCGUUUACAACAAUGCAUUUACUCUUACCUCCCAUUGAUAAAACUUUUGUGUUCUUUAUAUAUAUUCUUACCUUGGCUAGUGGAAAAACUUUAUGGAUACCAGAAAAUCUCACUCGCAUCGCCUUUGCUCGUCUUUCCCUGGCCGAGUUUAUUGGGUUUUACAACAGCCCUCGAUGGAUUACUUUACAAAGUGUAGCUGAUAUGGUGAAUACGUUUACAUUGUUAAUUUCUUUGCAAAUUGGAUUAGCAAGCAAUUUACCAAAAGAACGUCCGUUUCGGGAAGAAAUGUCGCAUGAACGAUUUCUGUUACGCGUCAUGAUUUAUGAAGCAAUAAAUAUUCCUUGUAUUGUGGACGAAGAGUUACCGAGUGUUUAUAUUAAAAUCCAUGUUGGAGAAUCUUAUGUGAAAACACAGUGUAUUGAGCAGACUAUUUGGCCCGUGUGGUAUGAGGCGUUUGAAAUGAAACUAUUUUUACCAGUAAAUUUAAGUCUAGCACCAGAUAUACGAAUUGAAGUAUUUUCCGCGACACCUAGGCAUACUAAAUUGGGAUCUUUUACUCAACAAAUCUUGGGACUUCCCAAGGUUUGGACCGAUCCACCCGUGUGGUGCGACAUUAUAAACGAAUUUCCGACAAGCAAUUCGUGGAAGGGUAAAGUUCUAUGUUCGUUCGAACUUAUUGAAGAAAAGGAAGAAGAUUUAAAAGCUUAUCCGUUUUAUGACGAUAUACGCCCCUCAGUUUAUUCCACUAAUGUACAUUUUUGCGUCGUUGGUAUUAGACUAUUUGAAAGAGUUAACCUUCCAGAAAUUCUUGUCGCGUAUGGUCGCGACCUAUUGAAUUCCAGUCAAUUCUUAUGGUGCCAAAAUCUUGGUCCACCUGUGAUGGGGGAAAACGGAAAUUGGACAUAUAUGAAAUCUAUAACAUUGAAUGUAGCACUUCCAAAACGACAGUUCCAUUUGAGUUUUCUAGAGGUUAGCGUCUAUUCUUCUGGUUAUGUAUCUAAGAACAAUGAUUCUCCCUUGGGAAAGGCGUAUAUCUUGUUGUCACCCUUUUUUCCAUGGCUAGAAGACGAAGAAAAAAAAUAUACGUCACAAUUCUUUAAAUUGAAAACAUUGGACGAUACAGUAACAGAUGCAAAUUUAAAUAAUAUUUCCGAAGUUUUACAAAAAUCAAGCAAAGCGGAUACGCAACAAUUGGAAAAAGAUGCUCAGAAUUUAACCAUUCCACGGCUUGAUUUAGACUACGCAAAUGUAAGAAUGUAUCUCACUGAUGACUAUGUGCUAUGGCGAGAAGAUGAGCAAGGGAACACCUUAUAUACGAAGGAACAAGCAAAUCAGAACACGCGAAUCACACAAGACACAGCAGAACAAUCGUUUAAUUUAAACCCCAACAUUGAUGACGGGUUAUCACGAUUUGACUUAUAUAUCCCUGAAGAAAAUACCAAUAAUAUUGACAAAGAAGUCAUUUGCUGUGAAUUAGAAACAGAGCUUGAAGCCAAUCAGCUUCCAUUCAAUACAGUUCCAAUUUUCAAAAGUUCCACAAAAGGAGCGCCUGUCAUUAUUGGAUAUUUAAAGUAUAUAUGUUACGUUGAAACGCUUGAUGACAUUUCAUUCGAAAAAGAAGAGCAAUUUCAAAACAAAAUGGAAUUGAUACAAAAUGUUUACAAAAAUGCUCAUAAUUUAGUCGUUCGUGUUUAUAUUUUAUCAAUUGCUGGUCUGAUGCUUUCUUCUGGAGGUCUUAAAUCUAUGGUCUAUCCAUGGAUAAAAAAUGGUUUAUCAAGUAGUAAUGAUAUUUUACCGCAUAACAUUCAAGACAAAGAAAAUUCUCGCUUACAAGCCUAUUUUAUUGAAUAUAACCAGUGCUAUGUUCUUAAUUCAAACCUUCCAAACCAUGCACUACUGGAAGUUAUAUUUAUGCUGAAUAUCGGUGGACGAGAUCUCUCUAUCGGUAGCACGUUCAUUGACAUAGAAAAUAGGUGGUUCCAUCGAACGUAUCAUGAACUACUUAAGUCCGGUGCUCUUCCGGUUGAAGUUCGAACACUAAAGUUAAGUAAUGAAAUCCAAAGUCAAGGGAGUAUACGUGUUCUUGUGGAAAUUAUAACAUAUGAAACAUUACUGACCAAAGCGCCUAUUACAAUGGCCAAAGUGACGCCUGCCGAAUAUGAAAUAAGAGUUGUGAUUUGGAAUGUUCGUGGAGCACCCCUGGAAGAUAACGGGUUGGUGUCAUUAUUUGUAAGAUGUGUUUAUGAGUCUGAGGACAAUUCUCGAAUUACUCAAGAUACAGAUACACAUUAUAAUAGCCGUGAUGGAUGUGCGACUUUCAAUUGGAGAUUUGUUUGGAAUUCCCGAAUUCCAACAAAUAAUAACUAUAUUACAAUUCAGCUGUGUAGUAGUUUUCUGUUUCCUAGACCGUGCAACGUCUUAGGAAUUAGUCGCAUCGAUUUAGCAUAUUAUUUUUUGAUGAUACGAAAAAAGUACACUGCCUUGUACGAAAUAAAAAAAAAGUGGUACCCAUGUUAUCACCCAGCACACGAGGGACAGGCUCAAGGAUACGUUCUUCUUGAAAUAUCAAUUUUGCCAAAGAAAGAAGCAGAAUUCGCACCAGUAGGUAAAGGUCGAAAUAAUCCGAAUCGGAAUCCUUAUCUGGAAGAAGUUCUUGAAAAUAGAACAUAUAUAGAUUGGAAAAAUGUUCAGGAACAAAUCACAACAUUCACAACAUUUGCUUCCAAAACAGCACGUAAGGGUUGCUAUAUAACGAUGGCAGUCUUUAUUGGAGGAAUAAUUUUUAUUAUACUUCUUUUGUUUAGAUGAUUUAGUCACUAUGUAGCAAUGUUAGCGAAUGAAUUGAAAAUUGUUUAAUAAAUUAUUUGAGGCCAUUAAAAUUUAAAUUACUGAAG